GCUUCUUUGGGAAGAAUCGCCAGACUGGAUCGUUUUAAGGAUGGUCGGAAUGCGACAACUUCUGUGUCCCAUUUUUAUGGCCUUGCGGUUGUUUCCAUGCACCAUGUCAAUAACUGUGACAACCAACAUGCCAAAAGUGGAAGUUCAUGAGAACAUGAAUGCUGUACUUUCCUGCGAGUUCCAGACAGAAAAGGACACCAACCCACGUAUUGAAUGGAAAAAGAAAGGGAAGAAUGUCUCCUUCAUUUACUUUGAUGGUGAAUUUAUAGGAUCAUUUAAAGGCAGAGCAAAAAUGGACAGAGCUACGGUGACUCUGCACGAUGUUACCGUGAAAGACUCAGGGAUCUAUCACUGUGAGGUCACUGCCCGACAUGACAAGAUCUGUCUUGGGGAGGUUGCCAUCUCACUCAGUGUUCUUGAACUGGCCCAAGCUCCCUCCUGCCAGGUGCCCGAGACCGCACUGAGCGGCUCGGCGGUGGAGCUCCGUUGUCAAGACGAGCUGAGUGCUCCUUCGGCCGUAUACAGCUGGUUCAAAGACAACAAGCUCCUGAGCAGUGCCCAGCUCCCCGGUGCAGGCUACAGCCUAGACCCCAAAACCGGCACUCUGAAAUUCAAGAGUGUGUCGGCAACAGAUGCAGGGCAGUAUCGCUGUGAGGCCUCCAGUGGAACAGGGGCACCAAAGAGCUGUGCAGCCCAACACCUGAAGAUCAUUGAGUUCGACCUGACAUUAGUGGUAGCAGUGGGGGUAGGGGUUGCUCUCUUUCUGCUCUCAUGCUCUCUGGCCAUUCACCUGUGCUGCUGUCAGGAUUGCUGCUCCCGUUGCCAUAUAAAGAACAAAGGAAAACAGAAAAGAAAUAUAAACAAGCACAGACCCCCACCAGAUCUUAGCCACUACAAGCACACCAGGUCCUUUGUGAUCUGAAGACAUUUUACACUGCACAACAAACACACCUUGGUGGAUGAUGGUGUGUACAUGUAAGCAGGUGCAGUGUGGUGCUGAUCCUAGUAUCUUUACCACACUCUGCUUAUGCCUGAUCAAACGACAGCAAGAAAGAAGCUGUAAGAGUACGCCAUAUACUGAGAAAAGGAAAUUAGAUACCCAAGUGACAUUCUUGCAAUAUAAGUAGGUAUCCCUUUUACCUGGGAGUCUCUUCUAGAUGGCCACAAGUAUAUGAUUGGCCCUCUAGUGGUAAGGGUUUAAUACAGCAACAUUUGAUGAAAUUGUAAGUUACCUGAUAGACUUAAAAGUUUCAUGACACAGCUGGACCACAUUUUUG